AUGCAUCAGCGGCGCCAGGAGGCGGAGCCAAUUUUCAGGGAGGCUGUUUCGGCGGUCCUGGCGCAAUGGACACUCCUCAACUUAGCCGUUGAGCAAGGAUGGGGUGGAAGGGAUUCACAUCGAAAGCGGCAGAAACUGUAUGAAGACCUCAUUGCUGAGUUUCGCGAGAACAAAAACGUUGACGUGGAGGAUUUGGCAUGCACGCUUUCAGAGAGGCUCGCAAGCGAUUUUUCGGUCUCAGUUGAAGACGACAGCGACUUGGAGGUGGCUCAGCUGUUGGUAGAUUUGCAUGAGCAGAUCAGCCGGGGUUGCUUCGACUUAGCUUCCGUAGUGAAGCAGCAGCAGAAUCAGCGCGCGACUUCAAGCGCAAAAUCUCAGUGUGGGAACGCUCGUGAAGCUGAAACUGACUGUAGCAUGAGUGAGGGCAGCGACGCGGAAGGGGAACUAGAAGACCUCAUAUCAUCCGUGGAGAUCGCCCCCAGUCCAAGCGAAGGCAUCGCUUCACAAACACGCUCCCGUCAAACAGCAGGAGCAGCAAGUGAACUACAGCCAGCACACCCUUCGGAAGCGGAUGGGUGGACAACUGUACAGGCAGGGAGCCGCAGAAGACCCCGCUAA